GCGUGGCGUUUUUCAUCGCUGUCAGCAAGGCUGGGGUCGGGUCUCACUCUUCACACUCUCCUCUCUCUUUCUCUCUCUCUCUCAAUCACAAUCUCACACACCCCCUCCUAACUCCUUCAUUGAAGAAAAAACCUACUCAAAACCGUUGUUUCUAUUUCUACAGCGCAACUACCUAAACAAACAAAUCAGAGUAGUAGUAAUAGUAGUACUUCAUUUCUCUUCUCAAUUCCAGCCACCAUAGAAGAACAGAACCACCCACCAUGAAGGAAUCAACAACAACAACAACAACAGACCCAAUAACAACUUGCAUCAACCUCACCAAUUCACUCUUAAACCACGAAAUCCCCACCGUCCAUCACUUAAAAUCCAAAUGGUCAAUCUUCAAACUCAAACUCACCACACUCCAAACUCAUCUCACAGAUUUCUCAACCGACUAUUCCAACACCUCAACCACAAACCCCCUCUCUCUCCACCUACUCCAAUCCAUCACUCAAACCCUAAACGACGCCGUUUCACUCUCUCAACACUGUAAAUCUCACUCCCCCGAUUUACCCCUAGGUAAACUCCAAACUCAAAGCCAACUCGAUUCUCUCAUCGCCACUCUCCACCGCCACGUCACUGACUGCGAUGUUCUGUUUCGUAGUGGCCUUCUCCUCGAAACUCCCGCUUUCUCUAAACGUGAAGCUGUUCGAUCUCUUUCUAGAAACCUCAUCGCACGGUUACAAAUCGGGUCGUCUGAUUCACGCGCUACCGCGAUUGACUCGCUUUUAUCACUUCUAAAUGAAGAUGAUAAGAAUGUUACUAUAGCUGUUGCGCAGGGUGUAGUUCCGGUGCUGGUUAGGUUACUCGAUUCGCCGUCGUCUUCUGAUAUGAAGGAGAAAAUUGUUGCAUCAAUUUCUAGAGUCUCCGUGGUGGAAAGUGGAAAAAACAACCUACUCGCGGAGGGGUUGUUGUUGCUUAAUCAUUUGCUUAGGGUUUUGGAUUCGGGAAGUGGUUUAGCUAUAGAGAAAGCUUGUAUUGCGCUUCAGGCGUUGAGUUUUACUAGAGAUAAUGCUAGAGCGAUUGGAUCUAGAGGUGGAAUUUCGUCUCUCUUAGGGAUUUGUCAAGGUGGGACGCCUGGUUCGCAAGCUUCUGCGGCCGCGGUUUUGAGGAAUUUGGCAAAAUUUAAUGAAAUUAGAGAGAAUUUCGCGGAGGAGAAUGCGGUUGUUGUUUUAUUAGGGUUGGCUUCUUCUGGAACGGUGUUGGCGCAAGAGAAUGCCAUUGGUUGUGUGGCGAAUUUGAUUUCGGAGGAUGAUAGUAUGAGGGUUUUGGCUUUUAAAGAAGGUGGAGUUGAGUGUUUGAAGAAUUUCUGGGAUUCGGCUCCUGUGAUUCCAAGUCUUGAAGUUGGUGUUGAAAUGUUGAGGUAUUUGGCUAUGACUGGUCCAAUUGGUGAAGUUCUUGUUGCAGAAGGGUUUGUUGGGAGGGUAAUGGGAGUGUUGAAUUGUGAUGUUUUAACGGUGAGGAUUGCAGCUGCGCGAGCGGUUUAUGCUAUGGGUUUGAAUGGUGGUAGCAAAACGAAAAAGGAAAUGGGGGAAUGUGGGUGUGUUCCUUUUUUGAUUAAGAUGUUGGACGGGAAAGGUGCCGAGGAGAAAGAGUCUGCUGCAAUGGCAUUGUCGGUGUUACUGCAACAUCCUUUCAAUAGAAGGAUUUUUCGUAAGGACGAUAAGGGAAUAGUUAGUGCAGUUCAUCUGUUGAACCCUUCUUUGGUUAAUUUGGAUAAGAAAUACCCUGUUUCGUUGUUGGUUUCGCUUUUGCAUUCUAAGACUUGUCGGAAACAAAUGGUGGCUGUGGGGGCUUGUGUAUAUACGCAGAAGCUUGUUGAAUUGGACGUUCCAGGUUCAAAAAAAUUGUUAGACGGACUUGGUCGUGGUAAGAUAUGGGGAGUUUUUGCAAGACCCUAAAGAUCAUGGUACAUGAACUAGAACAAACGAUGAUUUUUCACUGAAUCUGUAUGUAUGAUAUGAUAUAGGUGUGUUCAGUUUUUUGUUUCUUUAUCUUUUUUUCCUUUUUCUAAUUAUUGUAAUUAGUAAUAAUUGAUGCUUAUUUCUCCUAUAUGUGGAGGUGAGUUUUGUCAAAUGAUUUAAUUAAUGGGAACUUGUGUUUAUGUUUAGGAGCA